AUGCGGCUCUUGGCCGCUGAGGCAGUGAACCUGGAGGCGGCACUUGCCGGUGCUUCAGUUGUCGUCCAGGAGUGGGAUUGGUCAAGGUUUGCAGUGCUCGAUGUGUUCCAAGCAGCGCCCAGAAAUGGUGGGCAGGUCGAGUUGCUUCAGGACACACAGUCGAAGGAGCUGUUGGUGGCCAAGGUCAUGCCGCUCUGUUGGACCUGUGGAGACCACGAGAAGUUUGUCGAGAUGUACCCGGAAGAAACCGAGAUGCCCUGGCGUGAUGUAUGCGUCACACAAUACCUGGACCAGAGACUUGGUGAGCCGCACGUCUGCAAGUUUUUCGGCAUCUUCCGAAGAUCAUCUAAAGGACAAGAUGCAGGUGGUGGUGGGCCUUGCGAUGCCCCGCAGGACAGCAGCGGCGAACAUGCGGAGGAGGGCGAGCACUGCCUGGUGCUGUCCUACUGCCGCGGUGGAGAUCUUUUCACCUGGCUGGAGAGGAGUCGGUCCAUAGAUGUUGUGGCGAGCCGGGAGCAACUGGCCCGUCCCUUGAUCCAUGAAACCCUGAGGGCUGCCUCCAGCGUUCACCGCCUUGGGGUGUCGCAUGGUGAUCUCAGCUUGGAAAACAUUCUGCUUUUCUCGGAGAAGGCACAGCUCCCUCCGGACAUUCGCCUAGUGGACUUUGCCUGCGCAUGCGGGCCUCGUGCCUGUGGACCGCGGGGGAAGAGUCCCUACCAAGCCCCAGAGAUGCACUGUUCCGACGGCUACUGCACCGUGGCUGCUGAUGUGUUUGCGUUGGGCGUGGUUGUCUUCGCCCUCGUGGUGGGGAACUACCCUUGGAAAUCUACGAAGCCGAACACUUGUCAGUUUUUCCGCUACUUCAAGGAGUUCGGAUUACAAGCCUUUUUGGUGCGCCGACGCGUCAAAACUCAGCUCUCUGGGCUGCAACCGCUCUCAGUCGUCCUCUCUCAUGAGGUCAUCGACUUGCUGCAAGGACUGCUAUGCGUCGAUCCACUGAUGAGAAUGCAGAUUCCCACUGCGCUGGAGCAUGAGUGGUUCCAGCAGGUGACAGUCAUGCCGAGAAAUCCGAGCCAAUCUCACAUAGACGAAUCCGAAUUUCUGUUCUCCAUUGUCAGGACUCCACUGCAAGCAAACUAG